CUGACCUUUGCCACAGUCGUUAAACUAGGUGAUUAUCUGUAUAUCGACGGCGGUCAAAUAUCGACCUUUGUCGACAACAAUCAAACAAAUGACGCAGAAUCAUUGGAAUUUAGCAAAACACUCGCGAUACCACUCAACAAAUCGUGGAAACCUGGAUCGGUCGAGAUCAAAGAGAUUGCUUAUAAGAAUGACAUGCGGGCCACCAAUUUUGCCGGCCUGUGGGCUGAUCCUAAUAGAAACGCGAUAUACAGAUGGGCUGGUGAGCUCUCUCGCUCAGCUCGAUACGAAAAGGGCGAAGAGACCGAGAUGUACAUGCUUUCAGUAGACGGUGGUGGGGAUGGGACGUGGAGCACCAAGAAGCCAGCCCAGCAGGCAGCUUUCGACAAAAUUAUCCCGAGUACUCAUGGGCAAUCGGUAUUCUGCGGCGACCUCGGAUUUUACAUUGGUGGUUACGUCUGGGCAGGGUCAUCUUACGGGGAGAGCACGAGAGGAUCGCCUGGUGUCCGCAUGUACAAUGCGAGCUCAUCAGAAUGGUACAACAUUACAGAUUUCGAACCGAGUGGUCCUCAGGGCAAUCUCCGGAACGGCGCCGCUGUCUGCAUACUUGGUUUUGGCAGCUCUCCACUGGUCAUGCUUCUUGGUGGAGCAACAGAUUUUGAGUCAGGAUAUCAGUCUCUCAGUUUUGUUACCAUAUACGACCCGAUCGCCCAAAAAUGGUAUCGACAAGAUACGGUCAAAGACACCAACGGCUUUCCUUCUGACCGAGAAUAUUUCUGUGCUGCUCCGGCUCAAGGAAAAAACGGAACAGUAGAGGUAUAUAUGUUUGGGGGCUUGUCGAGCGAGAAACGAUCAUUGGAUGACCUUUGGGUUCUGUCUUUACCAGCAUUUAAAUGGAUUCAACUCUCAAGCACUCGAAGCUCGGAAGCAAUACGACAUAUGCAUAAAUGUACAAUUGCUGGAAAGAGACAGUUCAUUUCCAUUGGUGGCCGAGCAAAACCUUCCAAAGACGGAUUCAAAAGCGAUGAUAUAUGGCCGAGGGGCAUAGGCAUUUUCGACCUCGUCACUUCGGAAUGGGUGGACUCAUAUGACCCCAGCCUAGGCGAAUAUGACUCGCCGGCAAGCGUUCAAAAGAUUUACAAGAGUGGUGAAGCAGAUGGAUAUAAUUAUACGCCUGGAGUCCAGGAGCUGUUCUGGAAAAAUCGAUCAAGCAACGACACAACAGAAGAGAGCCAGUCCUCAGGCGGCAAAGUUUCGGCAGGUACCAUAGCCGGGGCCACGGUUGGAGGCGUGGCUGUCGUUGUCUUGAUCGCCGGAGGGAUAUUCUGGCUCAUGCGCCGUCGCCGACAACAAGACAACCAGGCAAUGCCCUUGCCCACCGAGGACUUUAAAGAGCCCAACGUAUGGGGUGAUCAACCACUACCCCCAUAUCGGCAAGAUAUCUCAGGGGCUGGUGUGCCUAUCAUAGAACUCAACUCGACGACAGUGUCAGAAAUGGACGGCUGUCAGUCUCCGCCCAACAGAGCAGAGGGCCUAGCAGAACUUCCAACACCAGAAAUUGGCUCUUUUCGAUCUCCAUCCAUGUAG